CCCCCUCUCCCUCUGUUUCUGACUGUCACCUCCUACCUACUACUUACCAUGGCAAACGAGAAACUAUUCUCCACAGUUUUUAUCUUCCUUAACCUCAUAUUCAUACUAGAAAUCCAGUCCAUCGAAGGAAGGUGUUUGAAGUUUGACUCAGAAAAACUCAGUACCUAUAAAAGAUUUCUUACAAAAACAGCCAAGGUUGUUGAGAGCAGAAGUAGCUUGCAUGCAACAUACGUCGAAGCAUCAGCUAAUGACAAACUUCAGCCUCCACCAGCAGCACGACUGGCAACAGGUGCGGUGGUUGGAGCGUCCCAAGCCCCACCACAACGCCAUGCUACUAAUUUCAGGCCUACAGAACCUGGUCACGGUCUUGCUAUCAAGGCUUCUGUUGAGGCAGGGGAUGCUAAGGUGUCGUAUCCACCACCACCACCCUACAUAGGUCAUAGAUGGUUUUCUGAUGAGACAAAUCCAUUAACCCCUCCGGCUCCCCUGCGUAAUCCUCCCAUUCACAAUUAAUCCAAUCCUCAUUCGAACAACGGUUAGCGUUUGCCAAAAACGAAAGUUUCAGUAAUUUUCUCUUAUAGGUAAAUGUACUUUCAAUUCGUAUCACUAAGUGCCAUGUGGUAUUUGUACAAAUUUGUCUUAGUGUGAUGCAAUUAUCCUAUAUACAUGCGAUGAUCCUUAUCCUAUAUACAUGCGAUGAUCCUUAACCUGUUCUGUUCUGCUCUGUUUUGUGUCUGCUAGCGGAAUUGUGAGUUAUGCUUGUAUGAAUUAUCAGCAAAAAUAUGUUGUAUUUGAAUUUUUCUUAUGGGUUGGGAACAUCUUGCUCUUUUAUUAAUAAAUUAAUUAUUAUUUU